GUCACUUCAGCCAGUCGCCACGGGGCCUGGGAGGGUGGCCAGCCUGGUGAUGGAGUGGCGGCUACGGGGGGCUGUGCCGCCUGCUCUCCUGUGUGUGGGCCCCAUCUGCCUCAGGAACUGUUUAGGAGCCUUUAGGGGUUCAUUUGCUGGAUUGGGGUGGCCUGGCCCCUCCUGCCCCACCACAGCCCCAUCCCUCUGAUGUCCCACCUGGGACCGCACUGCCAGACCUGUGGGUUCUGCCCAGUCUGUUCUCUUGGUCGCCUGGCAGGUGGCAGGUGGCCUGGACUUGGGGGAAGUUUCUGGGAUGUUCUGCUCAGAGCCCACCCUAGGCCCUGGCAGUUAGGGUUGGUGGUGGUCCGAAGUGACCCCAGAGUGGGGGCAGCCCUUGUUGCAUUCUGGGACAUUUGCCCACUUGGGGUCCCAAAGGACUGGGAGCUCCCUUGAGGAGCUCACUGGGGUGGUACGGGAGGCUCUGAGGUCACCUGACCUGGAUUAGAAUCUUAGCCCUUGGGGAACCCCUCACCUCCAACAGCCUAUCUCUGAGCCUUUUACCCGCUAGAAGUGUGGCCACCCAAGGCUUCCUUCCUUGAAGCUCACGGGCGGCCUGCUGUGUGCCUUCCUUUACCACCAGAGACAUAGCACAGCAAGGGAGCCACUUUGGUGCCAUUUUGCAGAUGGAGAAACUGAGGCCCAAAGGGGUCAUGGCUUAGGGGUGAGGACAGCGUGGGUGGGAAGAGGGUGCGCACAGCAAUGCCCCUGCCAGGCGCUGGCUGCCGGCUGAGGAGAAGGGUGCUGCCCGGAGCCCUCUGUUCCUGGGCAUGAGUCACGCCUGGAACUCAGAACUAGAACCCAGGGCCCAUCUGGACUCUGGUGCACAGAGGUCAGCUGGCCAAUCAGCUGCCAAGUGUGCCCUGUCCCACCACUCAGUUUAUGACGUAAUAAUCCAGGGCCUUCCAGAGGCGGCACAGUCGCUCAGGGCCUGGGUAUUUUCCUGUGGGCCACAUGGGUGGGGGCCACCUCGAGACCCUCGGAGUUCAGUGCAGGGUGGCCCCACUUCCCAGCCCUCUGGAAGGGGCAAAUGGGGAGAGCACACUCCUCCGCCUCCAGGAAGGCCUUCAGGUUUCUGCAAACACGUCAAUGAGCUGAAUGCCAGCCACUGCCCCCUUGUGCUGGGCGUGAGGAGGUGUCUGCUGCCAGCUGCCGGCAUGCCCCACCAGCUCUCGGCCUGAGCCCGGCGGCCCCGCCCCCUCCCCUCCUGCCACCCUGCACUGCCCCAGCACCCACGAGGCCCCCACACUGCAGUGCGGCCGGGCCCCCUCCCCACAGGGGCCGCCCCCGCCGCCUACCCCUGGUGCCCGGGGCGGCCCGGCCCGCAGGGCCAUGAAGCUGCAGGCUGUGAUGGAGACGCUUUUGCAGCGGCAGCAGCGGGCGCGCCAGGAAUUGGAGGCCCGGCAGCAGCCACUGCCACCACCUGAGCCCCCCGCUAGGCCCCUAGCCCUGGCUCGGGCCGCCCCAGACGAGGAUAGAGAACCUGAGAAUGCCCGAAUGCAGCGGGCGCAGAUGGCUGCACUGGCCGCCAUGCGGGCUGCUGCUGCUGGUCUUGGCCACGUACCCAGCCCCGGUGGCUCCGAGGACGGGCCCCCCGGCUCAGAGGAUGAGGACACAACCCAGGAAGGGGCACGGGGUUCACCUGGCCAAGGCAGGGAAGGGCCAGGACAGGCUGAAGGAGACGGGCACUUCGAGAACGUGGGCUCCGACGAUGAGCUGAAGCCGAAGUGGGAGGAGGAGGAGGAGGAGGAGGAGCUGGAAGAAGACCUGGGGGACGAGGAGGAUGAGGACUUCGAGGAUGAGGAGGGUCUCGGCCCCCCAGGCCCCUCAGCCCUGUUCCCUCGGAAGGCUCAGCCGCCCCAGGCCUUGCACGGCGAAGGCGGGCCCCGGGGACUGGGCAGCCAAGAGCGAGCCGGGGCCGGGCCGGCCCACCCCGGAGGGGCUGCUCACAUGGUUCCCCAGCUGCAGCCGCCGGACCAUGGGGACUGGACGUAUGAGGAGCAGUUCAAGCAGCUCUACGAACUGGAUGGGGACCCCAAGAGGAAGGAGUUCCUGGAUGACUUGUUCAGCUUCAUGCAGAAGCGAGGGACGCCCGUGAACCGGAUCCCCAUCAUGGCUAAACAGGUGCUGGACCUGUUCAUGCUGUAUGUGCUGGUGACCGAGAAGGGCGGGCUGGUGGAAGUUAUCAACAAGAAGUUGUGGCGUGAGAUCACCAAGGGCCUCAACCUGCCCACGUCCAUCACUAGCGCUGCUUUCACCCUGCGGACACAGUACAUGAAGUACCUGUACCCCUACGAGUGUGAGAAGCGUGGCCUCAGCAACCCCAAUGAGCUCCAGGCAGCCAUCGACAGCAACCGGCGUGAGGGCCGGCGCCAGAGUUUUGGGGGCUCCCUGUUUGCCUACUCGCCGGGCGGGGCCCACAGCGUGCUGUCCUCGCCCAAGUUGCCCAUGCCCUCCCUGGGACUGACCGCCAGCACCAACGGAAGCUCCAUCACUCCAGCCCCUAAGAUCAAGAAAGAGGAGGAUUCUGCCAUCCCCAUCACGGUCCCCAGCCACCUGCCAGUCUCCCUGGCAGGCCACCCUGUGGUGGCAGCCCAAGCAGCAGCAGUGCAAGCAGCAGCAGCCCAGGCAGCUGUGGCAGCACAAGCAGCUGCCCUGGAGCAACUUCGGGAGAAACUAGAGUCUGGAGAGCCCCCCGAGAAGAAGAUGGCUCUGGUGGCAGAUGAACAGCAGCGGCUUAUGCAGCGGGCGCUGCAGCAGAACUUCCUGGCCAUGACAGCCCAGCUGCCUAUGAGCAUUCGAAUCAACAGCCAAGCAGCCUCUGAGAGCCGCCAGGACUCGGCCGUGAGCGUGACCGGCACCAACGGCAGCAACAGUAUUAGCAUGUCGGUAGAGAUUAACGGGAUCAUGUACACAGGAGUGCUGUUUGCUCAGCCGUCGGCCCCCACGCCACCCUCAGCUCCCAGCAAAGGCGGCGGUGGCAGCAGUGGUGGUGGCGGUGGUGGCAGCCGGGGAGGAAGCAGCGGGACCAGCAGCAGCGUGGGCAGCCAGGCCGGGCCUGCAGGGCUGUCCACACCCCCCACGUCUUCUACCUCAAAUAACUCAUUGCCUUAACCGCACCACUCCCCACCAACCACCCCACCCCUGGAACCAGCCAGGCCAGGCAGGGGGGACGAGGUGGGCCCAGCAGGGGCCAGAAUGUCGGGAGAUAUGGGUGGGUAAGGGAGACAUUUACAAAGGAGCCACAGCUAGCACCAAAAAGAAAAGAAGAAAAUAUAUACAUAUAUAUAUACACACACAUAUAUAUAUAAAUUUUAAUAAAACAGGGGAAAACCAACGAACACUUGAAUUACUCAGGUUUCGAACAUUCAGAAAGAUGAAUUACAGGAACAGCAAUGGAAAUCAGAAAAGAGAGAGGCAAAUAUUUCCAGGGCUUUCGUGCAGCCCCGGAUUGCCUGGACCGGUGUCCGGUGUCUGCCGGGCCCGCGGCCGUGCAAGGCUGACCGUAUUUACCUCAUGCGUCCCGCACUGUCUCAUUUUGUCUGGGUUUUUUGUUUUGUUUUUUUCAUCCUAUUCAUCACACACUCACCACAUCCAGCUUCUGUUGAAUGAUAACCCCUGAGCCACGAUCAGUUGAAUUAUUUUUCCUGUUGCUUUUGGAAACAUUUUUGUUUUUGGUUUUGUUUUUUAAAGAAAUAGCGAUAUUCAGACUAUAGGGUUUUUAAGAGGUUUGGGGGGUUUUGUUUUGUAAAUAUUCUAUUUUAUUCUUGGGGGAGGAGUCAAACCUUAGGAAGAGGAUAUAUAUAUCUAUCUAUACGUCUAUAUAUUUGUGUUCAUUCAGGGAAACUGGACUUGACAAAAGAAAAAGUAAUACCCUUUUUAUUUUUCCCAUGACUGAUUUGGGUUCGCGCGUGCAUUUCCUGUGUGUGCUGGCCAGCUGGUGCGCGCGGGACACUGGGCCCCUGGGCUGGAGCCAGCAGAGGUGAACUCAGGUGCUGUGGGCAGGGUGUGCGGGCCCUCUCGGGAGAGGGGAUGCCUUGGGCUGCAUGCAGGGAGCUCUCGGGACAGAAAUCUGGAGGUCUUAGGAGAAAGUGCUGGAAAAGGACACCCCCCCCAGGAUGGGAGGGGGCUCUACCCAGAACAGCCCUCAGGCUCCUGUCUCAGGGAUGAAUGCGGCCUGGGGGCUCUGUCUUGCCCACAAGGGCUACUUUUGGAGACUAUCAAUACUGGGGAAUGGGGUAAAGCCAGGCUUAGCUCAGGGUGAGGUUUUUGGGGCCAUGGCACCCUGAACAGCCCCCCUCUUCUGGUCUCCCUUUGUCCUCUUCCACCCCUUUGGCACUAGAGUAACUAAACUGAGACACAAAGGGACUGUACCCCUCUAAUACCCCCCUUAGUGACUUGCCUCAGAGGAUGGGGGUGACUUGUUUCAGGCAGGGCCAGUGCAGGUGCCGCCCCCACUGCCUGCAGAAGCUCCAGCCUGGGGCUCAGGCUGGGUUUGGGGACUGCUUGGCUUCCCUGCCCUGCAGGUCCCCUGGCUCUCCUGUGUUGGGUGUUGGGUGGGGCUGUGGCUUCUCACAGGUAGGGCCUCUUCACCAGCCAGGUGUUCCUGUGGGGUGUGGGGCAAAUUAACUCAGCUGUCCCCAGGGUGAGCCUGGAGUCUCUAAUUGGGCUCAGGGAGCCCAGCCUAAUGAGCCGGGAGGGGCAGAGCCCUGCUUGGCAGCAUCCCCAGCCUUGUCCCAGGCAUCAUCUUGUUGCCUUGGAUACCUUCUGGGGGGUGAGGUCCUGAGCCAGGGAAUCUGGUUUGCUUUCUAGUCAGGCUGUGGUGUGACUUUGGGAAGGAACCCCUCUUUGUUUGAUAUAUCUCAGGGUCGUUGAUGCUUCCCCCCAAGAAGUGGGGAGGUGGCAGGCAUCCAGGGGUUUCUUCUCGGCUUCCUUCUAGAAGGUUCUCCCCUUUUCUCGCUGCAGCAGCACAAUCAUUGUGGGAAGGGGAGCUUUUGGUCCCCAGACACCUCCAGGCCCCUUGUCCCUUCUCCCUCCUGCCCCCCCACCUGCCGUUGGAGCCCACUGGUGGGUUGUUGGGGGGGGGGGAGGUUCCGCUGGCGUUUCUUUCUACCUCAGGUGUGUGACUUUGAUGCCAAAAUCCACCCAGCCUGCCUUUCUGUUCCACUUGCUCAGGACUUGGGGCAGGUAGGGAGCCGCCCUCACCCCCACCCACCCCCAGAGGGCGUGAACUGCGAUCUUGUGUGUUGUGUGGUGGAGUGUGUGGCCCCGGGUGCUGUCUUGUGAGGGGUCUAACUCAAAAGCACGGCCUGCUGUUCAACACUGAUGAUUGUAGGGGACAGGUGGGGGUGCUCCCCAGGCCCUGCUCUCCCUGCCCACUGGAGCCUGCACUGGGGUAGCUAGGUGUGGGGGUCUCCAGAGGGCCUGCCCCUGCUUCAGGUGCCCCCUUCGAGCCCCUGCGUCUGUCCGGGCGGUGCCCUCGGUGGGGGUUUAAGGAAGGGGCAGCUUUCUGGGGUGUGAUUCAGCACCCCAUUAUGCAAACCAGGGUGCCUCGCCCCUGCCUGUGUACUAUCCAUUCUGGAACUGGUGGGGCUUAGCAGCAGGGCCAGAGCAGGGACUCCCAAACUCAGGGUGGAGAGGGGCUCCCCUGCUCUGGAGAUGUUUGUGGACAGAUUGCUUCUAGAAUUUUCCUUGUGACCUCUAAACUGGCCACAAGGCUGUCCAGCUGGGGGGUGGGGGCGGGGGUGGAAUGGUGCACUGGGGUGGCUGGGUUAGUUUGAGUAGAUGUGCAUUUAUACAGCCACUUUUUUCGCUUUUAUCAUUUUUGCCCACUCUUUUCUUUAAUUUUGCUUUUGUGUUUUUUCUCGGCAAACAUGAAUUCAGCCUUUCAUUCUUGACAGGUGAAAUUUCAGUUUCUCUGGGGUUUGUCAGACCGCGUGGAUACCACGCCUGAACUCAGGUUAAAGAAAAAAAAAAAAAUUUUUUUUUUUUUAAAGGUGUAACUACUCUACCUCUGGCCGGCCCAGCCUGUCGCGAGCUGCCCGCGUGGGCGGCCUGUAACAGAUUUCAGUUUUUGCAGAACAUUCAGGUAUUAAAAGGGAAAAAAAAAAAAAAAAAGCAAAAGACCAAAAAAAAAGUGUGAUUUUGAAAUUUAAAAGAACACUGAAAGUUUACAUUUUAUAACAUUAUUAUGCAGAUUGUAUUUAAACUUCAGAAAUAUUUAAGACAAUUGUAACCCUGUAAAGCUGAUGAGAUAUUAAAACAAGACCAAACACUUCUGACUUUUAACAGAAAUCUGCUCCUGUGGUGGUUUUUUGGGCGCCGCCCCACCCCCAUCCUGGUGGGGUUCGGGUCGCAGAAGGCACAAAGGCCAACCCAGAGGUGCCUCAGAAGGAAAUACACCCCCCAGGGUCACCGGGCCACGUCUGGGGACAUCCUUGAUCGCCAGAUUACAUCUCCUGGCACUGAAUGGUGGGGCCAGGGAUGCUGGUCAGCCCCCCACAGCGCCCAGGAGAGCCCUCCACAGUGACCCCCACAUCAGGAGGGCAGGAGGGACCUAGCUAAGCCACCUCCAGAAGAAUGAGCCCCCUCAGUGUUAACCUUGAAAGAGGAGGUGAGUGGUGCGAGCCAGAUGUGAAGCCCCAGUUUGGGAGUGACACAGGGUGGGGAGGUUGGUGUCUCCUAGGCCCCAGGCUGGUUUUCUGCAGUCCCAGUGUCCAGUGCAGACUCCUCGGCGGACUGAAGCCCUAGGAUGCGUGACCAGGCCUUACUGGUCUUACUGCCCCACACGGCUCCCUUCAUCCUCUGCCAGAUGUGGCCAGACAUUGACAACUGGGCAUGAAAUGUAUGACAUUCCCUCACCCCCACCUGUCCCUCUUCUGCCUGUCCCCUAAUCAAGUACCUUCCCCAGGGGUUUGGGUCACUGCCCCAGAGGACUGGCUUUGGGAAGCCUGGGAGAUGAGGCCAUGGGUCCUGGGCCUUAUACCAAAAUCCACAUCUUCCCCAAUGUUGGUGACACUUUCACAUUCCUGUUUAGAUUGGGUGUGGCCCCAGGGAAGCCAGACAAAGGGACAGGGCAGCCCCAGGGCUGUGCUUUGCCACCUCUAGGCGCCUCACAAACCAGAGAAGGCAGGCCAGGAUCCCCAGAAGAGACCUCCUGGGGUGUCCUAGCCACGUCCAUCUUCCUGUGACCAACAUGACGGGCUCAAGGGCAGUGUGGCCAGUCUGGCCUCCCUCGUCCGGACUCCCAGGCCACCAACUCCAGCCACUGCUGGCCCAGGCUGGUGCCUCCUGCCUGAGUCAGCCCGGACUCCAGCCGCAGUCAGGCUGCUUUGGGAGUGAAGGAAAACAACUCCCCUCCUGUCGCAGCCAGCUAGCUUCUCGGGCCUCCCCCUUGUUUAGUUUCUUCUGCGGCAUUUUCCACUCAAGCCAGAAAUGAAUCCACUAAGACGUGAUCCUGGCCCCCACGAGCCUGGGGGACAGUGGGAGGUUAGACAACCUUGGGAGGUCAACGUGCCUGCCCCCCAGGAAAACAAAGGAAAAAUGACUGAAAGUCACUUUCCGUCAAACUGGAUCUGCCAGUACCACGUGUUCAUUCCUCAGCCAAAAGGACCUGGAGAGGGUCAGAGCCACCCUGAAGUCACACAGCUCCCAGGGGACCAGGCUGGUCAGGUGCACCACCUCCUCCCUGCCUCCAGAGCCCAGGGAGCCGCCUGCCUCUGGUUCCCAGCUCUGCGCCAGCCAGUUGGCCCCUGGGAGGCUCCUGGGAGGUGAAACUCAAAACCACUCCGGUUAGUGGCGCCCAGGGAGCCAGCAAGAAGCAGGGUUUGAGGGGGGAAGGGGCUGAAAGGAUCAUUAGUGCACAUGAUGGGGCCACUCCAGAAAGGCUGGAGCCAC